CUUAUUCUUGGUAACCCAGUACAGUCUUAUCAAACAUUAUCUACACUACCUACGUAUUUCAAAUCACAAGAUAUCAUUACGAAUUUAGGUAAAGCCAUAUUCUACGCACCAUACAUGUUUUCAAAGCUAAUUCAACAGCAAGGUUUUUAUUUUCGCUCGUGCUGUUUGAAUAUUUUCGGAUAAAAUGAUUUGUGAAAAAUAUUUUUAUAGAUUUCUCAAAAGCAUCAAGCCUCGUAGAAAAAAUAAGCAACCCAAACUGAAAUCAGAUUGUUUGCCAACUGAAAUCCAACAGAAUACAGCGCCUCAGAGUCAUGAAGUCCACUUUAUUUGGAUAAUAGCCGAAAUAACUUUCCAUACACUGGAAUUGGCAUUAACCUUUUUGUUUGGAAUAUUAACUAUUAUGAAUUAGCAGAGUAGAAUGCGUUGUUUUCAACCCAAUUGUCUAAUAUACGUAGUAAGAUCAGUAUAAACUGUUGCAUUGAAAAAAACUCAUUUCUACUUUUCUCAAGUACGAGUCCUACAGUGACAAUAACUUCACAUAAUGAAAUGAGGUUAUUAAACAAAACAGGCAAAUAAGUGAAUAAAAUAAAAUAAAAUAAAAUAAUAAUCAUGGGGAGACAGGUAGUAAUACAGAAAAAUACCAGGUGAAGUAAUAUUGAUAGACCAAGAAGUGAAAAAAAGGGAUUAUCUUAGAAUACAUGGUAUAACCUAUAACCAAACUGGAAUGAAUGCAUUUACAGCUGAAUAACAGGACAUUUUGAAUUGGCAGGAUUUCUAAUUUUUGAAAAUAAUUUUUUGUGCUUCCCCCUCUAUUUUUAUCUACAAUGCUCCUCACUGUCCAGUUUUUGUAAAAUAAAUAUGAAUAUAGGUUCCAAAUGACGAAGGAAAAAAGGAAGAAAGGAAGGAAGAGAGGAAGCAGUCUAAACCGUGACUCCAUCCUUUGCUUCCACCACAUUACGAGUAAUUAUCUAGGUACCGUCUUAUCAAACGUUAUCUACAAUUUAGGUAGGUAAAGCUGUAUUCGACACCACACACAGUUGUUAAAGCUCGCGGACAUCGUGGUUAUAAUUUAAAUUAUAAGUUUUUAAAAAUAGAUUUUUUUAGGUUUUUUAAGUAGCAACACUGAUUUUGACAUUAGACGCCGCAUACAGUUGUUUUAGCUUAUCAACAGCAAGGUUUUCAUUUUCGCUCGUGCUGUUUGAAUAUUUUCAAAUAAAAUGGUUUAUAAAAAGUAUUUUUCUAAAUUUUUUGAAUCGAUCAUGCCUCGUAGAAAAAAAAAACAACCCAAUCCGAAAUCAGAUUGUUUGCCAACUGAAAUCCACCACCAAACAACGUCUCAGGUUCAUAAAGUCAACUUUACUUGGACAAUAGACGAAUUAGAUUUCCACAUAACGAAAAAGGAGUUCCUUAAAUCGUGCAAAUUUUCAGCCAUCACAAACGAGGAACGUGAAUGGCGUUUGGUCUGUUUGCCCUACACAGAUACACUUUAUAAAAGCGACGACCACCUCAUGUCAAUCUUUUUAAACCUAUGUUUCGUUCAGGCUCGUACACAUGUUAAAGUGGCCGGAAAACGUGAUAUUUGUUUCCUGAAUAGCCAACAGAAAGAAUUAUAUCGCACAACAAUCCCAAUCUGUCAACUUGAUAGUAACUGGUCAUACUCUACAACUUUUCGUAUUAAAAAAAAACAUAUUUUACCCGGCAACAAAUUAACCAUUCGAUUCAACUUAACUUACAUAAACAUGGACGACUCUAUAUUUUCUAAUAAAAACAAUGCACCAACAUCGACGGCAGCAGCACCUGCAGCACCACAUCAACGUCAAAUUCCCAAAAGCGAACAGUCAGAAAAGGUCGCCUUACUGGAUAGAGAGGACAAACUCGAGGACGUUGUAAUUUCAGACAGGGGUAAAAUUUACUUAGCUCAUAAAGCUACUUUGGUCGCAUGCAGUCCAGUUUUUGCUUAUAUCAUCAAAGCAAAAGAGAAAAAAGGAAAAAUAACGCAAAUAAAGAUUCCUGAAGUAAAUGCAGAAGUGUUCGGUGAAAUGUUAACAUACAUUAAUACAGGAAAAUUGUUCGUUGAUAAUGCCACCGAUUUAUUCAAGUUAGCUAAGGGAUUUCACAUAAGGGAACUGGAAAUCAAAUUGAUCAACUAUAUGGAUCAGAAAUAUGGGUGGCGUACUGGCGAGUAAAGCAUUACUCAACACUUCAUAUUUUAUUUUACAGUUAGGUUGUACAUAAUUUUUGUUCGUGUUGUUUAAAUAUUUCCAAAUAAAAUGAGAAAUGAAUAA